AUGAGAAUGGCAUCGGGAAGCGAGCCGAGGAUGGGGAGAAACAAGCCUCCCACAAUGCCGGGGCCGAGAAUCUCCAGCAACAGCUCGCUGCCAUUGGAGAGGUACGUGGCCGCCAAGUACAUCAAGUAUCCGUACACCAAAAUCAGGAACAGGUUCCCCAGCACGCUGCGGGUGCACGGUAAGAACCCGUACGUCUCCUCGCACGCGCCGUCCGCCUCCGCAGACAAGGACCCGUUGAGGAGCUUGAGAGCUAGGUGGGGUGCUGUCGAGUUGUGGGGCCCCACGUGGACCCCAUCGGAGAUAACUGCUACAUCCUGUGGUGAGGAUUGA